GCGAGCUUGUCAAGAUGUCGUACAGAGAUUUGCGAAAUUUCACUGAGAUGAUGAGAGCUUUGGGGUAUCCACGCCUCAUCUCAAUGGAGAAUUUCCGAACUCCUAAUUUUCCACUUGUGGCAGAGGUUUUAAUGUGGCUUGUUAGAAGAUAUGACCCCAAUACAGAUUUACCCAUGGAUACCGAUACAGAACAAGAUAGAGUUAUAUUUAUUAAAGCUGUGGCACAGUUCAUGGCUGUAAAAGCGCAUAUAAAACUGAACACCAAGAAGUUAUACAUGGCGGAUGGAUAUGCUGUCAAGGAAUUGUUAAAAGUAACGUCAGUUCUGUAUAACGCAAUGAAGAGUAAUAGUACCGCUGAUAACGACGAUGAGGAGUCAAGCUCAUCUAUGUCAUUUGAUAUUUCAUCAAGAAUAUCUGAUUUGAAAGCAACAAGACAGUUAGCAUCUGAGAUAACCAGUAAAGGCGCCUCUUUGUAUGACUUACUGGGUAAAGAAGUGGAACUCAGGGAAGCAAGGACGACUGCUAUCAACAGGCCACUAGAAAUUAAUGAAAUAGAAAGAGGACUAAGGGGAAGUAUAAAAGCUGUUGAGCAACAAACAAAGAAGACACAACUGAUGUUAGACAAUGUUGCGUCUGAUGAAGCCAAUCUGGAAGCCAAGAUUGAGAAAAAGAGAAGUGAGCUUGAGAGAAAUCAAAAACGAUUGAGAACACUGCAAAGUGUCAGACCCGCUUUUAUGGACGAAUAUGAAAAAUUAGAAAGUGAUUUGGAAAAACAAUAUGAGAUUUACAUAGAAAGAUAUCGUAAUUUAACCUACUUAGAACAACAAGUGGAUGAAUACAACAGAGUUGAACAAGAUAAAUUUGAGAUGGGUGGAACUGAUGAAUUUGGCGCUGGUGAGGAUGACUUUGCUGGCUUAGAUGUGGAAGAUGACGAUGAUUAUGGAAUUAGUGACAGCGCAAGUGAUGAUGAAAUAAUGGCCAAUACAAGGAAAGUUACCAGGCCGCAAGCUGGCUCUGGAGAAAGGAAGAAGGUUCUCUUUGGAAGUAUGGGUGGUGGUGAAGAUGACGAUGAUGAUGACGAUGAUGAUGAUGAUAGUGCUUCUGAUUUGUCUGGUGAAAGUUUAGAUGAUGACGAUCUCCUGGAUGAUGAUGGAGAUAGUGAUGAUUUAGAAAUUGAUGUCGACAGAAGAAGAGAAAUCAGAAAAGAUGAACUAAAUGACAGUGAUAAUGAUUUCUAGAAUGCUUACUUGAUGUCAAUAAUCAAUGGAAGUUUAUUUAUUUAUAUUACUGUAUAAAGAAAUCGCAGAUUUAUUGGUUGUGAUGAAAAAACUUGAAUUUGGAGUUUAUCAUUCUUAUUACACAGAUCCUGUAAUUGUUUUAUUUGUUGCAAUAAAAGCUGACAUUUUCUGAAA